AUGUCUGACUACGGUUCGGGCAACGACGAGGUCGACGCGCUCGUCGCGUUCGGCCAGGCCCUCGUCGAAGCCAUCCUCGAGCAGCAGCCCCUCGCACUCGUUCGGCACAUGGUCGAGGACGGUGCACCGCUCUUAGGCAGCAAUGAGCAGCAAUCAGUCAUCUUCUGCGGCCCACGUCCGGCAAACCUUCGGAAGCCUAAGAUGUCUGUUUCCGUCACGCCGUCUUCGCUCACCUUCCCGACCUCGACCGCUACGGUCUCUGUCAAGGUCUUCAACGCUAUCAACUCUCUCUCGGCCCCCUCAGCGAUCUUCUUCUCUGCUGCGCCCGGCUCCCUCGCAGACGAAUCGUCCACUAGGCUCACCGGUCCGGCAAAAUCAUUCCUCAUCGAACAUCCUAGCGGCAAGAAACUUGUGUUUGACCUUGGCGUCCGUAAGGAUGUCUCUACCGCCUCCAAGACGUGGCAGGACACCCUCGCGAGUGGCAAGAUGCAGGCCGAAUACGGUCCUGACUCGGAUGUCGCAGAGACCCUCGUCAAGCAUGGGAUCGACCUAGAGCAUAUCAAUGCUGUCAUCUGGAGGCAAGUAUCUGCCACCCUGCUUCACUCUCACAUUGACCACGUCGGCAAUCCGUCUACCUUCCCUCCAACAACUGCGCUCGUCGUAGGUGCUGGCACCCAGGCCGCCAACCGCCCUGGCUAUCCUCUCAACCCAGAGGCUAUGCUCCCAGAAUCCGACUUCCUCGGACGUGACGUCAUUGAGAUCCCCUUCGCCGACGACGCACCCAUUGUUGCCGGCCUGAAGGGUUACGACUACUUCGGCGACGGGAGCUUCUACCUCCUCGAGGCGCCCGGGCACUGCGUCGGUCAUAUGCUCGGCCUGGCCCGCACGACGCCCUCGCCGUCUGCGAGCUGGAUCCUCAUGGCGGGCGACGCCGCACACCACCCCGCGAUGCUCCGGCCCUCGCUCCACGUCCCUCUUCCCGCAGCGCUCGAGCCACUCGUCCCCGCGGCCUUGCGUGCCUGCGCUCGCGACACGCCUUUCCUCGCGCCCGCGGACCGCGCUGUUGCUGUUCACCAUGACUGGGAUAGGGCGCGCGAUACCCUCGAGGUCGUCCGUGCGCUCGAUGCGAGGCCGGACGUGUGGGUGAUCCUGGCCCAUGAUGGGAGCUUGGAUGCGGAUGUGAAGGGUGUGGGUGAGGGGCGGGUGAGGUGGCUGCCGGAGGAGGCGAAUGCGUGGAAGGCGGAGGGUGUGAAGGAGCAUUUGAGGUGGAAAUACUUGGAGAAGGGGAACCAGGCGAAUAGGUGGAAGUGA